AUGGCAGAAGACGGGAGCGUCCUCAAGGUGACCAGGGACCUGAAAGCUGCCGUCUCUGCCAUCCUCCAGGCCUACGGGGACGGCCAGGGGCCCGUGACCGAUGCCAGUGCUGAGCUGCACAGACUCUGCGGCUGCCUGGAGCUGCUGCUACAGUUUGACCAGAAAGAGCAGAAGAGCUUCCUGGGGCCCCGCAAGGACUACUGGGACUUCCUCUGCCCUGCCCUGCGGCGACAGCGAGGUGACACGGAGGCUGUUUGCUUCGUCGGCUCUCAGGACAAGUUGAAGAGCUCGCUGGGGAAAGGCCGUGCCUUCAUCCGCUUCUGCCUGGCCCACGGACAGCUGGCCGAGUCCCUGCAGCUCUGCCUCCUGAGCCCAGAACUCACCAGGGAAUGGUAUGGCCCUCGGAGCCCUCUGCUGUGCCCUGAACUCCAGGAAGACAUCCUGGACUCUCUCUAUGCUCUCAACGGGGUGACCUUCGACUUGGACCUGCAGCGGCCGGACCUGGAUGGGGCCUGGCCCAUGUUCUCAGAAUCACGCUGCUCCAAUUCCCAUCGGACCCAGGGAAGAAGACCCAGGAAGGCCAAGAAUUCCCACAAAGAGAUCCCAGACACGCCUGGAGACCCCAAAGGAGUCCCACGGGAGGAGCCACACUCCAGUCACACCAGCUGUCUGAGAGAUGCCACCAGGGAUGCCCCAUUGGCUGGACCCUUGAGACCCCAACAACAUGGGCAUCUUUCCCCCUUUUUGGAAAAGAGAGAAGAUGCCAGCAGCCUCGGCUGCCCCCACAGCACGUGGGAGCCAGAGGGAGAGGAACUUCUGCCGGAGCAGGGGGAGGGAGCCCCAAGGACAGGGGUCUCCCUGGAGACGUCAGCAGCCAGCAGCCGGGGGCAGGCUGAGGAUAGAGGGGUUCUGCCUGGUGUGGAGGGUCAGAGAGCCACCCAGGAGACUCGGGAAGCAACAUCAGAGAGCAGACAGAAGUGGGGAGGGCCUGGUGUUGUCGGGGAGACCCUGGGAACAGAGGAAGACCCCACCACGGAGAAGCAGCCAGAGCAAACAGGAGUGACCAGUGUGGCCCGGAGGGAGGAGCGAGCAGAGGUGUCCCUGCAAGCUGUGGGCAAGAGCCUCAGACACGGACUCCAACAAGCCCAGGAGCAGGCCCGGUGCCAGGAGCAGCUGCUAAAGGAGCGGGAGGGGGAGCUGCGGGCACUUCGGGAGCAGCUCUGCAGGAGUCAGGAAGAGAGACGCCGGCUGCAGGCGGAGCUGGAGCAGCAGGCGCAGGAGGCCGGGCGGAGGGCUGCGCUGUAUGAAGAGGAGCUCGGCGGGCAGCGGGACCUGGUCCGGGCCAUGAAGAAGCGGGUGUUGGAGCUGAUUCAGGAAAAGGACCACCUAUGGCAGAAGCUCCAGCACCUGUCAGCGGUGGCCCCAGGAUGCUGUGUGGGCUGCAGCAAGAUCUUUGGCCGCCUGUCUCGGCGGUACCCAUGCAGGCUCUGUGGAGGCCUGGUUUGCCAUGCCUGCUCCGCGGAUUACAGGAGGAGAGAGCGCCGCUGCCCACUCUGCGCCCAGGGAGCGGAAGCCCAAGUCCUCUGACCCAGGCCAGCCAGGGCUGGCCCUCAACCCCACUGCCCACCCCACCUGGCCGCUCCCUGCGCGGCUCUUCCCAGCCCUCUGACCUGGCCAGCCCUACCUUCUGGAAGCUGUCAUGCUCAGGCAGCCCUUCCACGGACAGACCGCGAUGGGGCAGCAGGGGAAGC